AUGGCCCAACGAGGAGGUGUACGGCUGCGACUGCUUCAAUCGGAGGAGAGCUCCUCCGCAGAUCUCGUUGUUCGAAUGGCCCAGGACAUUGGCGCCACGGAGAUCCAUCUGAACAGGCGCGAGGAGCCGGGCGAGAGGCGGCGCGAGGCGGAGCUGCAGCGGCUCGCCGGAAAGCUCGGCAUCGCAGUGAAGCUGCACAGCGCUUUUCUUUUCCGGGAUCCAGAACGAUGCCGCAUCUUCCAGGCCAUCCAGCGCGGGAUGCACAUUUUCAAAGCAUUCUGGGCCGGUUGGCACCAAGGGGGCGAAGUGCGCCCUUCACUGCCUGCGCCCUCGCGAUUGCAGCCCCUGCCGGGACAAAGGAACGACCUUCCUUUCGCCGGCGACGCCGAUGCCGACUGGCCCUUUGCAGGGCCGAUGCCGACGUCGCGAGUCACUGGUCGGCCGCUUCGCGAGCACUCCGAAUCCCUUCGUAAGAUCUGGGACAUCAGCGAGGAGUUUCAAAAGCUUGAGGGAGGACUGGCCCGAUACCGAGGUUCGAUCACACGAGAUGCCGGGCCGAAAGCCAAGGAGUCAAAGCUUUCGCUGCCCGGCAUUUAUCUUGUCGGCGUGUGGUGGCGCGUGGAUCACAGCACCGAGCAGGCAAAGAAGUGGUUGAGGAUGCUUCGGUAUUGGCCCGACCUCCCCGAGGUUUCCAUGCGCCUGGCAUUUCGAGACAUGACUUGGCUGCGGGAUGCAGCAGACGAUACGGUGGAGGUUGGCCCAGGGAACUUGCGACACACCGUCGGUCAGUUUCUCGUAGAGACGCUGGGCGUCGACUGGCGCGUCGGCGAGGAGUGGUUUCACAUCACGCUGGUGGAUAGCGACCUGGCCAUCAACUCCAUGAUGUGGCAGCACCAGGGGCUAACAGGUGUUUCCCAGUGGCUCAUCGGCAUUGACUGCCCUUCGGCAUAUCGUCAGGGUUACGGGGCUCCAAGACAUUUAGAGUAG